ACGCUCUGCUGCGCAUUCCCCGUCAGCUAACGUGCAUGCGAAGAGACCUCCAGCAACUGCAAACACGGUUUUUUAAAAAAAUAUAUAUAUAUGUAUAUAUAUAUAUACACACGAUUUUUGUGAUUUACUUGAGAAAUCAUGCAGUGCACGUGUCCGGGAGAAAUUAGUAGUUGAUUUUUGUUUAAAAAAAAAAAUCUUUUUUUUUUUUUUUCAUUUUUUGUUUUACACUUUUCGUAAGGGGAAAAAAGUCUGGGGGGGUGGGAAGUGAAAAGACGACGUGACCGUAGCAACUUUAAUCUCUGGGUUGCUUGAAGCCAAGGGUACGUGCGUGGAAGGAAGAGUAGUAUUACUUUUUUGCGCCUUUGGACAUUAUCACGUUGAACAAGAAGUGUGGAUUAUAGAAAGUGAAUUGAUCUCGCUUUGGAAGUUCGGUUGGACUCUAGCGCUUUGUUCUCAAAGUGAACAAGUCGAGCAGCAGGGCUGCACAGGAGUCCGAUCCAGCAGCGCACGGCCGAGAAACUGCGGCGAGGUCAGGAGUUGGCCGAACUGUCGCGCGAGUCUCCUCGAGGUAGCCCGUUUGAGGUGCUCGAGAAGUCGCUUUUUCCAGGAUCCGCUGUAAAGUGACAAACGAACUGGAGUCUUUCGUCGGUGAAGUCAUGGACAAGCUGGAUUUUUCUUCAUUUGCCGAGGAUUACUUCUGAAACCUUGGAAAGUGGUUGACAAGUUUGGUUGGUUUGUUUGUUUGUUUUUUUAAACGUGUUUUCAUGCUGCUCGAGAACUGAGCGGACUACGGGGUGGGUUUUUUUUUUUUUAAAUCGUUUUUUGUUGUUUUUAUCUGCGAAAAAGUCGUUAGGCUACAGUCGGUUUCACAAACCCAGUGCAGAGGGAAUAUCAGUGUAUCAAAUAUAAACAUGCCACAGCUCAACGGAGGCGGCGGGGAUGAUCUGGGGGCCAACGAUGAAAUGAUCUCUUUCAAAGACGAGGGUGAACAAGAGGAGAAAAUUUCAGAAAACGUGUCGGCCGAGAGAGAUCUGGAUGAUGUGAAGUCCUCUUUAGUAAACGAGUCGGAAAACAGCAGCUCGUCUGAUUCUGAGCAAACAGAGAGACGCCCUCAGCCAAGACCUGACAGUGAAAGUUACGAGAAAGCCAGAGAGUAUUUUAGUGAAGCUUUGAGAAGACAGCAAGAUGGAGGCUUUUUUAAGAGCCCUCACUAUCCGGGCUACCCUUUCCUAAUGAUCCCAGACCUCGCCAACCCUUAUUUAUCUAGCGGCGCCUUGUCUCCCAGCGCCAGGACGUAUCUGCAGAUGAAGUGGCCACUGUUGGAUGUGCCUGGUUCAGCAGCCCUGAAGGACUCCAGAUCACCUACGCCAGGACACUUGUCUAAUAAGGUUCCCGUAGUACAGCAUGCACACAUGCACCCCCUCACCCCCCUCAUCACCUACAGUAAUGAUCACUUUUCACCGGCGACGCCUCCUGCACAUCUCUCCCCGGAGAUUCUGGACCCAAAGACAGGUAUCCCACGGACCCCCCACCCCCCGGAGCUCUCGCCGUAUUACCCCUUGUCUCCUGGAGCCAUGGGCCAGAUUCCCCACCCCUUGGGCUGGCUUGUCCCACAACAAGGGCAGCCCAUGUACUCCAUUCCUCCAGGAGGUUUCCGCCACCCGUACCCAGCAUUGGCAAUGAACGCAUCUAUGUCCAGUCUGGUGUCAAGUCGUUUUUCUCCUCACAUGGUGCCUCAUCAUCCUCAUGGCCUUCAUCAGACAGGAAUCCCACACCCUGCAAUCGUCUCCCCUGCCAUCAAACAGGAGCCCAAUGGAGAGCUCAGCCCUGCCUCACACACGAAGUCUCCAGCACCCUCUAAGAAGGAGGAUGAGAAGAAGCCGCACAUAAAGAAGCCCCUGAACGCGUUCAUGCUCUACAUGAAGGAGAUGAGGGCCAAAGUGGUGGCAGAGUGCACGCUGAAGGAGAGCGCCGCCAUCAACCAGAUCCUGGGCAGGAGGUGGCACUCUCUGUCUCGUGAGGAGCAGGCCAAGUACUACGAACUGGCCAGGAAAGAGAGACAACUGCACUCUCAGCUCUACCCAGGCUGGUCCGCGCGAGAUAACUAUGGAAAGAGGAAGAAGAGAAAAAGGGACAGUAAGACUGACACGACCCCAGAGGAUUUCUCCACGCGGAACAAGAAGCCCUGUGUGCAGUACCUCCCUCAGGAGAAGAUGAUUGACAGCCCGGCGUCCUCUCAUGGCAGCAUGCUGGACUCCCCAGCCACGCCUUCCACCGCGUUGGCCUCGCCCGCUGCUCCCGCCCCCACUCACUCCGAGCAGGCCCAGCCGCUCUCCCUCACCACCAAGCCUGAGCGCCAUCAUCAUCCUCACUUCCCCCUGCUCUCCAAACCCUCCUCUGUGUCUUCGACAUCAUCGUCUUCCUCUUCUUCCUCCUCUUCCUCCUCCUCGUUAUCUUCAGUGUCCUCCUCUCAUCCAAGUAUCUCUCUCCCCAUUAGCUCCUCCGGCAGUCAGUCGACCCCACCCCUACUGUCUCGGCCAAUCCCCUUCGCCUCCCUGCACCCCUCCCUCUUGUCCCCGCCCUCCCCAUUCCACCAGGCUGCUUUGCACUCCCAUCAUGCCCUGUUCCAGUCACAGCCGCUCUCCUUGGUAACCAAAUCAGCCGACUGAACUCCCGGCGCUGUUCUGUCUUUCCCACUCCUUUAAACGUGCUGUACAUUGCUUUUUACCUUUUUAAAAUAGAUGUCAGGUUAACUUUUUUGAUAAGUGAAAAGGAAGAUGAAUAUUAUUGGUCAAUAUUUGAUCAUCAGCUUUUCUGUGUCUCUCUAUGAAACAGUGUAUUUUUUUUGUAAAGUCUACUUUGGAACUGGUUUCUUAUUUGAUACAGUUAUCCAGCAAUUACUUGUAUAAAGUAUACAUGUAUUAAAAACUUCUUUAUUAAGAUAAGAAGGAACAAAAAAAUCUUAAAGCUUACAUGUAAUAAAUGGUAGUUUUGAAGUUUAAUUCAUAGUACAGGCAAUUUAUUAGAACCCUUUGCGGCUACCCCUACAGUUUUGAAGUGCGUGAACUAAAUAAAACUUGUAAAUUGUUUCUAGAA